AUGGAGGAACUGACCGCGUUUGUCUCCAAAUCCUUCGACCAGAAGAGCAAGGAGAGCGGCGGCGGCGGCGGGGGUAGCAGCGGCGGCGGCGGCGGCGGCGGCGGCGGGGGCCCCGGCGGCAAGAAGGACUCCAUCACGUACCGGGAAGUUUUGGAGAGUGGGCUGGCGCGCUCGCGGGAGCUGGGCGCCUCGGACGGCCCCAGCCUGCAGGAGCUGGCCGAGAGCGGCGCCCACUGCCCGGUGCACCUCUUCAAGGAGCACGGCGAGAGCGACAAGGACAAGCUGAAGGACUUCAACCACGCCAGCAGGACCGCCGAAGGGAUCUACGAGUGCAAAGACAAGCGGGACGAGGUGAAGUCCGAGGACGAAGACGGGCAGACCAAGCUGAAGCAGCGGCGGAGCCGGACCAACUUCACGCUGGAGCAGCUGAACGAGCUGGAGCGGCUCUUCGACGAGACGCACUACCCGGACGCCUUCAUGCGCGAGGAGCUGAGCCAGAGGCUGGGGCUGUCCGAGGCCCGCGUCCAGGUUUGGUUCCAGAACAGAAGAGCCAAAUGCCGAAAGCAAGAAAACCAGAUGCACAAAGGGGUGAUCCUCGGAACGGCCAGCCAUUUAGACGCCUGCCGAGUGGCUCCUUACGUCAACAUGGGCGCUCUGCGGAUGCCUUUCCAACAGGUAGUCCAAGCUCAGCUGCAGCUGGAAGGAGUCACCCAUGCACACCCUCACCUCCACCCUCACCUGGCUGCACAUGCCCCUUACCUGAUGUUCCCUCCACCCCCCUUUGGACUUCCAAUUGCCUCCUUGGCAGAUUCUGCCUCUGCAGCUGCUGUGGUGGCCGCAGCUGCAAAGAGCAACAGCAAAAACUCAAGUAUCGCGGAUUUGAGGCUGAAGGCCAGGAAACACGCAGAAGCCCUGGGGCUUUGACAUUCCCUUCCCAGAUGCCUGUUUGUUGCAAACGAUGGACAAUAGCUCUCCCUCCUCAUCUCUUUAGCCCAUCUCCAAGCUUGGCUGGGAUCUGGACUGUUGUUAUUUUUAAAAAAGGCUUGUCAGUACUUCUAGAGAUGAUCAACACUGGCCUGUUCUUCCUCUUCCUUCCUUUCUUUUAUUCAACAACUUAUUCAGUUGAUCUGAGGAUUCAUCAACCUUGCCAUCUCAUUUUUUUAAAAAAGGCAUUUUGUGCUAAUUAUGAAACGGUUCUGUUGCCACCAGAUGAAUCUUGCUAGGGUGAGAACAUCCUGAAUCCCAAUUGUUUGCGCUGAUUUAAAACAAAAAUCCAGAUGAUGUUUGGAGGAAAGUGGAUGAGGGGGGCAGCUCAUCAGCUCAUGUGAAACCCGUGACUCUUGGAACACUUGGAGUUUGACCCUGGCCAAAGUGAUCAUCCUGUCAGCCUGACGCCGUCUGCUGCUGCCAGUUUUGCUAUUUUAUGCAUGUGCCUAACUUUAAACACCGUUUGAAAAAUCACCGAUUAAAUUGAAACAACAAAGCUUAAAAAAAAGUAUCCUUGGGGCUGGUCUCCAUUAAGAUGACGUUUCUUCUUUGUUGCCAACAGUAUUAUUUCAAUCCCAUGAAUUUCUUCCAUCACCGUGGACUGCUGCUGCUACUGCUGCUGCAGAACUGGUUUGAAUUUAAAUGUGGAAUUUCAGAUCUGAGACAAGGCAGUUUUCUUCUUUAAACAAAGCAGCAAUAACACAAAAAUGUGUCCAAAAGGCUAUCUCUUUCGCAUGGAACAAACAACAGCAAAAGAGCGUGUGUGGAGAGAAGGAGAGAGAGAGAGAGAGAGAGAGAGAGAGAGAGAAAGAGAAACCCAAAUAUGUGGUAAUGGGGACAAUUACGAACACAUCUGUUUUAUCAAGAACCAUCUGAACAAGCCAAAAUGCUUGUGCCAUAUGAACAGGUUUACUUCAUCACUUUUAUUUCCAAAUGUCUGGAUCUUUCAAUGGAAAACUAUGCUGGUUUACAGGAUCUAGAAUGGUUGAUUCAUCUGUCAAAGAUGGACACACACUUUUAAAGGCAUAAUACUGAUGCAGCAUUAAUUUUAGUGAAAUGCAAUUAAGUGCAGUAAAGUGCAAUACUGUAUAUAUUAUAGAGUAAGGAAAAAAUAGCUGCGCAUUCUUAUUCUGUUCAUAACCAACUCUGUAGGAACUGUAACCCAGUUGUCUGUGCUCAGACCUGAGAGUUGCUGUUUUGUUGCCAAAAUAAUAUAGUUCUGAGCCUUCUACAGAUUGGUAAAUAAUUAUGAAUUGCAUAUAUAAAAGAGAAAAUACCAUGAUUUUGAAUCCAGUUCAUGUGCCAUAUUUCUGGGCACAAAGCUCAAAAGUCUGUAUUAAUUAUUAUUAUUGUAUUAUUAUUAUUAUUUGGCAAUUGUUUUCAAGUAAGGAAACAACAACCAAAUCAGUGGCAUGUAGAGGUGGACAAGUUCAGUGGAUGGGAUUUUUUAGAAGUAUAAAUUUUGUACACAUCACAUGUCAGUUCAUUUUAAGAUAGUAUGAGUUACUGAUAAAAAUGGGAGAAAAUUCUUUGAACUGAAAUUACCAAAGUGUCUGGGUAGAUUAUAACUGUCUCCCUCACUUUUAUGUAAAUUCCUUUAGAUCAAUGUAUUAACUGGUGCUUCUUCUGGAAACAAAUACUGGUCUUGUCAACUUCUACCACUCUGUUUAUGCCUUUAAUAGUAAGGCCUCAUUGAUGGAAUCUUUGCUUCUCAAUAGCAGUGUCAUAAAGUCAUUAAGCCUCUUGAA